AUGGAUUCCACUACAGAAGUACCUAAAACCUGCAAGGUCGUGACAGCAGAGACCAUCGCAAAAGGUCUUCUGGAGGAGGUCAGGUCGCAAAAGGGGACAGAUUCGAAACCUUAUCUGGCUGCCUUCCUGGCCAAUGACGACCCUGCUGCUCUUCAGUAUGCCCAGUGGUCCAAAAAGACGUGUGAAGAGAAUGGGUUUGAAUUUGACCUGCGACAGGUUGGAAAGGAUGCGCUGGAAGAGGAGAUCAUCGCUGCCAAUGAGGAUGCCAAGGUAGACGGCAUCAUUGUCUACUACCCGAUCUUUCCGGGCAACCCCACGCACGACAAGUACAUUCAGGAGACAGUGGCUCUUGAGAAGGACGUCGAGGGCUUGUGCCACAAGCACCUCUACAAUAUGUAUCACAAUAUCAGGUUUCUUGACCCCCCCACUAACUCCAAGAAGUCGAUUCUGCCCUGUACGCCCCUGGCAGUUGUCAAGAUACUUGAGCACCUCCAGAUCUACAACUCGAUCCUGCCAUACGGGAAUCGUCUGUACGGCAAGACCAUCACUGUCAUCAACCGCUCAGAGGUUAACGGUCGUCCACUGGCGGCACUUCUAGCAAACGACGGUGCCAAAGUCUACUCUAUCGACGUCACAGGCGUUCAGUUGUUCACACGCGGGCAGGGUAUUCGGCAGCCACGUCAUCAAGUCCUCGACAAGGAGGAUUGGGGACUCAAGGACUGCAUUCCACUCAGCGAUGUCAUUAUUGGAGGCGUCCCUGUCGCUGAAUUCAAGAUCCCGGUCGAACUCAUACGUGAAGGCGCUGUCUGCAUCAACUUCUCUUCCUUCAGAAACUUUGAUGGACCUGCGGUAAAGGAGAAGGCAUCGAUAUAUGUCCCGUCUGUCGGCAAGGUCACGAUUGCUGUGCUCCUGCGGAACCUAGUACGGCUCAUUGCCAACCGAAAUCCGGGCGUUGAAGCGGCGGCAGCGAAGUCUUAG